UUCUGUGUGCCGGCGAAUUUUGGUUUCAAACUUUCGGUUUGCAGUCGCAACGUCUCACGUCUCACGGGAGACAGAGACCCAAGUCUUGAGACAAGGAGUGUGAUCGGCAGAUGUGCUAGGAUCACUGACUGCCCCUCUGGGGGAUGCCUCGGAGGGAGGGGAACGACUCCAGGAGUCCGACUGGGAUGGGGGUGAAGACUCGGUAGUCUUCCUGGAUUGAAAGAACUACUCACCAGCCUGAUCUUCUGCAUCUUUGGAUUGGUUUUGUCUGCCUAAGAGGUGGCAGACAUUUGUUAGUCUUUGUGUGUAUUUCUUCUGUGUCUGUUUUGUGUUUUUUGUCACCUGGACAAUGGGACAGACUGUGACAACCCCCCUAAGUUUGACCUUAGAUCACUGGACUGAAAUUAGGUCAAGGGCCCACAAUCUUUCAAUGGAGAUCAAGAAGGGACCUUGGCGGACUUUCUGUGCUUCUGAGUGGCCAACAUUUGAUGUGGGCUGGCCACCAGAGGGGACUUUUGACCUGACUGUAAUCUUUGAAGUUAAAGCCAUUGUCUUUCAUGACGGACCUGGGUCCUACCUGGACCAGCAACCCUACAUAACUGUGUGGCAAGACCUCGUCCAGAAUCCACCCCCAUGGAUCAAACUGUGCAUCCCAAAACGGAAGCCAGGCUCCCAAGCCCUGGCUCUCCAUGGACCAAAAGUGAAACCCAAGGAUCCUCCUGAAAAGGAGCCUUCACCUGGGCCCUCAGCUCUCCCCAAGAUCUAUCCCGAGAUUGAGGGGCCUCCUGAGUGGCCAGAACCUUUUCCUCCUCCCUAUCUCCUGCCCGCUCCGGCUCCUGCGCAUCCACAGCUUCCAGAGCCUGGCCCUGGGGCUGGUGGCUGGAACCCAAAGCCAGAGCGCACAGAGUCCCUCCGCAGAUGGGGUUCCUGACACCAUGUCUGCCUUUCCUUUGUGCGCAGUGGGGCCACCGGCCGACCCCCACUCUCUCCAAACUCUUCAGUACUAGCCAUUCUCAUCAGCUGAUCUCUAUAACUGGAAAUCCUACUUUUUCAGAAAAUGCAGCUGGACUAACCAGCCUGGUGGAGUCAUUAAUGUUCUCUCAUCAGCCCACUGAGGAUGAUUGCCAGCAGCUUUUGCAGGUUCUUUUUACCACGGAAGAAAAAGAAAGAAUCCUCUUAAAGGCUUGGAAAAAACGUCCCAGGGACAAACAGGGCCCCAAUCAACCUGUCCAACGAGAUAAACGUGGGGUUCCCUCUCGAUAGACCACACUUGGGACUACAACAGGGCUCAAGGUAGGGAGAGGUUGACAGUUUACCGCAGGGCUCUAGUGGCAGGUCUCAAGGGAGCGGCAAGAUGCCUCUCCAAUCUGGCAAAGGUAAGAGAAGUUAUGCAGGGGCCAGCUGAGCCCCCGUCUGUUUUUCUAGAGAGAUUAAUGGAGGCUUACAGACGCUACACUCCCUUUGACCCCACCUCGGAGGGUCAACAAGCCACGGUAGCUAUGGCUUUUAUAGGGCAGUCAUCAUCAGACAUUAAAAGAAAGUUACAGAUACUAGAAGGGUUACAUGCCAUGGCUUUACAGGACUUAGAGAGGCAGAGAAAGUAUUUAACAGGAGAGAAACAGAGGAAGAAAAGAAAGAGAGAAGCGCAAGGAAGAAAGAAAGAGAAAAUAGGAGGGAUCAGAGGCAGGAGAGAAAUUUAAGCAGGAUUCUGGCCGCCGUAGUAGGAGAGUGUGAGAGAAGAAGUAGAUCUGAGAGUAGACAGACAGGGUACCUGGGCAACAGGAAACCUAGACCUUGUGGAAGAGGACCUGUUCAGAAAACUCUGGAAAAGGACCAAUGUGCAUACUGCAAAGAGAAGGGACAUUGGGCGCGAGAAUGCCCUAAGAAGAGUGGGAAAUGCCCCUAAGGUCAUGACUCUCGAAGAUGAUGACUAGGGGAGAUGGGGCUCGGACCCCCUCCCCGAGCCUAGGGUAACCCUGACUGUGGUGGGGACCCCUAUGGACUUUCUAGUAGAUACCGGGGCAGAACACUCUGUGUUGAAACAACCAUUGGGG